AGAUCCUUAAGGGAACGCCCUAAGGGAUAGGGUGGAGUUAGAAGGAUCCAAAGGGCCCUGCACUGACAGAGGCCCCCCAAACAUCUUGAUCAACAUCGUUUCAGGGGCCAGAAUGUCAAGUCUCAGCCCUAACUGGAGGUCAGGACAUUAUCGGGCCAGCAUAGGCUACAGCCUUAAUGCUCACACACUUGAAAUAUACCUGAAAUGGAUUAGGUAGCCUACUUUUUUCUCACUAAUAGGCCUAAUUUGUCAAAAGUAUAUCUAGGUUAAAGGAGUUUUUUUUAAAACGUUUUUUUUUUUGCAUGUGAUGUUCCAAGUCUCCUUAGUCCAUUAGCUAUUGGCUGUAGUGAUGCUCGGUCUCGUCUCACUAUGACGGCCCAUAGCCUACAUCCACCUUUCACGUUUCGUGUGAUUGUCGGCUACUAAUAAAGGCGGAACCUGAACUAUUGGGCAUCAAUGGAUGAUAUCGCAGUCACCCGAAUAUGGGAAAUGACGUGCCUCAGCAUUUACUUUCUAGAAAGAGCCUCUAGAUUCCAACGAGCAAUAGGUUACAUACAGGGGAGGGAGCGAUGGCUAUUUAAAGAGGGUCAUAGGAAGGGAAAUAACACGAGGUCCAGAACGUUGAGUAACCGCUUCUAAACAUAUCAGAGGAACCGGCUGCUCAACGGGCGCUAUUAAGCAGCAUUCGCCUCUUGACGCCAUACCCCCGGACUGCCCCUGAACACUGAUUUUUUUUCCAGGACACGGACCAAUAUCUUACUGUUACGGUGAAUCCUACUGUUACUGCCUGCAGUGUCGAAACAUCAGGUUCCAUCCGGCGUGGGGCCACAGCAGGGAAAUGGGGAAAGAUUACUACAAAAUCCUGGGCAUAGCCAAAGGAGCUGGAGACGAGGACAUUAAAAAGGCAUACAGAAAACAAGCUCUGAAAUGGCAUCCCGAUAAAAACAAGGCUGCCAAUGCUGAGGAAAAAUUUAAGGAGGUUGCCGAAGCAUAUGAUGUCCUCAGCGAUCCAAAGAAACGAGAGAUAUAUGACCAAUAUGGAGAGGAAGGUCUCAAAGGUGGAGGAGGACCCACAGAUGGGCAGGGCACCAACUUCACCUACACCUUUCAUGGGGAUCCCCACGCAACCUUUGCAACCUUUUUUGGAGGUGCCAACCCAUUUGAGAUAUUCUUUGGAAGGAAAGUCAAUGGGCGAGAUGAUGAUGAUAUGGAGGUGGAUGGUGGAGAUGCUUUCAGCUCUUUCCCAGGCUUCAACCUGAACGGUUUUCCACGUGAUCGGCAUGUGGGCCUAGGUGGGCAGACCAGGCGCAAGCAGGACCCAGCAAUCCAUCAUGAGUUGCGGGUAUCCCUAGAGGAGGUGUUUCACGGGUGCACCAAACGAAUGAAAAUCUCACGGAAACGCCUUAAUCCAGAUGGACGUAACUUAAGGACUGAGGACAAGAUACUCACCAUAGAUAUAAAACGUGGGUGGAAAGAGGGCACCAAAAUCACAUUUCCCAGAGAGGGUGAUGAGUCACCCAACACCAUACCUGCUGAUAUUGUUUUUGUCAUCAAGGAUAAGCCACAUCCACACUUUAGACGGGAAGGAUCUAAUAUAAUUUACCCAGUACGGGUCAGUCUACGACAGUCACUGUGCGGGUGCUCAGUCACUGUGUCAACAAUAGAUGGGAAAACUUGCAACAUGAAGAUCACUGACGUCAUCAAACCUGGCAUGAGGAAGACAAUUGCAGGCCAAGGACUUCCAUUUCCAAAGAACCCAGAGCAAAGAGGGGAUCUGGUGGUGGAAUUUGAUGUGAACUUUCCAGAGAGUCUCCCCACUACCGCCAAGGAUGUCCUAAAACGGCACUUGCCAACUUCAUAAGGCAGAUGUGCAAUCUUGAGUGAUCCCUGUUGGCUGUAGUGCAUGCAGCCUCGUUCAUGGACAAUGUUCCUAAAUCAAAGUUAAUCCUGAUCAAGAAUGUGCAAUUUCUAUUUUGUAUCUACUCUGUUGUUUUUUUUUUUUAAUACUGCAUGUUACAAUGGAGAUGAAAGUUUAACAUAAAGUCUUGAGAUCAUGCUGGUCAUUUAUGGGUCAUCCCAUGUUAAGUCAGACAAUAUUUGACAUUCAUGGCUUUUGUCUUAUUUUUAUAAUAAUAUAUGUCACAGUUUCCUACCUGGAACUAAAAACCAAACCAUGGUAACAACGAGUUACGAGUGGUAACAACCACACUUUGAAAAUAUAGUUUAAACUUUCCAAAUAGGAAAGUUAAGAAUGUUAGGCCUGCUACAUAUUAGAUUUACAAAAUGUACUAAAUUUGGCCAAAAGUUAUCUGCACUCUCCUGAUUUAAGUCAGCUGUUAUCAUUAAGCUAAAUUAUUGAUUACAUUGUUGAUUCUUAAAUCCGGGUUGUUAUUUUGUGCUGUGUCAAAUAUCUGUUGCCUUUUAACUCUUCUUGUCAUGUCUUUUUUUCUUCUCUUCAGUUGUACAUGCACAUAUAGUUCUUCCAUCUCUGCUUGGCCAGUUACAAUUUAAAGCACCAUGAUGAAAACCUUUCUGUGUUUCUAAAGGCCAAGGGCCUAUAAGUAUUCUUUUAUAAUUCCCAUGUUAUUCUUUAAAUAAAAACAUGGUUUCUGGACAUCAGAGAACUGAACAGACCUAGGUUUCAGUCUUCCUGUUUUUCUACAAGAGUAUCCUGUAUUUGUGACCUCUGAUUGGUUCCUUAUUUGACCAACUGGCUUUCAUAAUGGUCUUUUUAAUACCUUGCUUUGUGUUAAGAGAUACUGUAUGUGUUGUUUGACAGGGAAUAUAUAAAAAGUUUACCCUGUAAGCUCUUUUUAACUCGACAUGGAAUGAUCAGCUUGUACAAAUGCUUCGUUAGUCUUUCACACAAAUGUUGAUUGUGAUAUACUGUGGAUACUGUGUGUCUCACACAUGAAACAGACCAUUAAGGUAUUUGAAAAUAAAGUGCAAGAUACUGUAUGUUUUAAUCUCAGCAUCUUGUGGUGUUCACAACAA